AUGGAAAAAUAUGAAGUGGAAGUUACACGUUCCACUGAACAAACAAACAAUAUGGAAAUACUAAAAUCUACAGUUCAGCAAUUGAAAUUGAAAUUGGAAGAGAAAGAGCGAUUAUGUAAUGAUUCUAAAAGAUGUUUAACGAUACACAGCAGAGCAACAUCUUUAGCUUAUCGACAAAUUCAAGAGACGAACAAUAGAGCUGUUAAACUUCUCAAGGAAAGUGAGAAAUUACAUUCACAAUUUGUAGAUGUGCAUUCUGAGCUGAUCGACAUUCAAGAAGUUCAUAAUAUAAUUGAAGCAGAAAUGAAUCAAGUUAAAUGGCAAAAUACAAAACAUUGCGAGAAGUUACAAAAGAUAAAAGAAUUAAUUGAGAUUGAAAUAAUAUCAUUAAUUGAAAUUGUUGAAUAA